AUCAGCAGACCACAACCUUUAGGCAUCCUGUGACUGGACAGUUUUCUCCAGAAAAUAUUGAAUUCAUUCUUCAUGAAGGGCUGAAUUCCCAUAUGUCAAAGCAAGAUUUUAUGAACCAGAGACCCUCCAGUAUGGUCAGUGAAACAUCCACAAUUGGAACUACAUCCACUCUAGACAUGAAAUCAGGACCAAGGGUUAUCAAAACUAGCAAAAUUCACAGCUUUGGAAAGAGGGACCAGGCUAUCCGAAGGAACCCCAAUGUCCCUGUGGUGGUGAGAGGAUGGUUGCACAAACAGGAUAGCUCUGGGAUGCGGUUAUGGAAAAGAAGAUGGUUCGUGCUUGCUGAUUACUGUUUGUUUUACUAUAAAGACAGUCGAGAAGAAGCUGUCCUUGGGAGCAUCCCACUGCCCAGCUAUGUGAUCUCUCCUGUUGGGCUUGAAGACCGUAUAAAUCGCAAGUAUUCCUUUAAGGCUGUCCACAAUGGCAUGCGAGCCCUCAUCUACAACAGGUCUGGCAUUGACUUCCCGGCGGAGCACUCCGGGAUGAGAACUUACUACUUCAGUGCUGACACGCUAGAAGAUAUGAACGCCUGGAUCAGAGCCAUGAACCAGGCUGCCCAGCUGAAGUCUCGCUCAACACUGAAGCGCCCCUUCUCUCUCCUCUUCAGCCUUGUCUCAGACCACAUCCGCUCUCUUCAGGGCACUAGCCAGUCCUUCCCAGUCUCCUUCCCAGAGAACUACCAGACCUUGCCCAGGAACGCCCGACUUUCCUCGGGAAGUUCCCCACCUCCACUCCGCAACUUACCCAGUGAUUACAAAUAUGCCCAGGACCGAGCCAGCCACCUGAAGAUGUCCAAUGAAGAGCGCCGGGCACACCGGGAUGGCACCGUCUGGCAGCUGUAUGAAUGGCAGCAGAGGCAGCAGUUUAAACAUGGGAACCCCACAGCCCCCAUCUAUGCAGGCUCCCCAGAGUUCGCUGACCAGGGCCGGAGCAAGAGCAUGUUGGAGGUGCCACGAUCCAUCUCCGUCCCUCCAUCUCCGACAGACCUCCCUCCCCUGGGUCCGCCACGGCUCUUUUCCACACGGAGGCCACACACGCCAGCGGAGAGGGUCACUGUGAAGCCCCUGGAGCAGAGGCGGAGUGUGGACAUUUCCCUAGGAGGCUCCCCCAGGAAGGUCCGGGGCCACACUCUCAAGAACUCGUCUCAUGUGGACAGACGCUCCAUGCCAUCCAUGGGGUAUAUGACACACACUGUUAGUGCUCCCAGUUUACAUGGAAAGUCGGCUGAUGACACUUACCUUCAGCUGAAGAAAGACCUGGAGUAUCUGGACCUAAAGAUGACCCGUGACACUCUCAAGGAUAGAAGCCUGAAGCCUGUGAAAGUAGCCGAGAGUGAUAUUGAUGUAAAAUUAAGCAUACUCUGUGAACAAGACAGGAUCCUGCAGGAUUUGGAAGACAAGAUAAGAGCCCUCAAGGAGAACAAAGACCAGCUAGAGUCAAUCCUGGAGGUCUUGCACAGACAGAUGGAACAGUACAAAGACCAGCCCCAGCAUUCAGAGAAGAUUUCUUACCAACAAAGACUGCUGCAAGAGGAUCUAGUUCACAUACGAGCGGAGAUAUCCAAACUAUCAACAGAAAUGGAAAAUGCCUGGAAUGAAUACCUGAAGCUGGAAAAUGAUGUCAAUCAGCUGAAACAAAGUUUACAGCGGCAGAGCCGAAGAUCCUUCUUUCUGCCUCAGAGAACUCAGAUCCAGAAGGAUCUUUGGAGGAUUGAAGAUGUCACUGCUGGCCUGAGUACAAAUAAAGCAAACUUCAAAAUCUUAGUGGAGUCUUUCAAGAAUCCAGAAAGAAAAACAGUGCCUUUCUUUCCUCACACACCCGUGCCUUCAGUCCUGAAGUCUCUCGGCACUUCGGAGAGCAAACGACUCCCUCAGCCCAGCCCUCCAAGCAGCCCUCCGUGGGCCAGCCCUGCAAAGACGCCCCUGGAGGUUCGCCUCUUUCCACAGCUGCAGACAUACGUGCCCUACAGAACCCAUCCACUACAACUGAGAAAAGUGACCUCUCCCGUCCAGUCCCCCACCAAGCUGACGCCAAAGGCUGAAGAUGAGGCACCACCCCGACCUCCGCUCCCUGAGCAAUACAGCCCCGAGGACCCACCUCCAGCUGUGCCUCCUCUUCCUCGGGAAGCCACCGUCAUCCGCCACACCUCCGUGAGAGGCCUCAAGCGGCAGUCCGACGAGAGGAAGAGAGACCGGGAGCUGGGGCAGUGCGUGAACGGGGAUUCCAAGGUUGAGCUCCGUUCGUAUAUGAGCGAGCCAGAGCUGGCAUCCCUCAGUGGUGACCUGAACCAGCCCUCGCUUGGAUUUGUGGGCCCCGACAGCGGCUACCAGACACUGCCUGGGCGAGGUUUUUCCGGCUCCACAUCCAGACUCCAGCAAGUAUCUACCAUUCCUUCCUAUGUUACACUCAGGAGGGGAUUAAACGCGGAUGGCUCGAAGGUAACUUCUAGACCCAAGAGUGCCUUGGAACGCCUGUACUCCGGAGACCACCUGAGGGGCAAGAUGAGUGCUGAGGAGCAGCUGGAGCGAAUGAAGCGUCACCAGAAGGCCCUGGUCAGAGAACGCAAGAGGAAUCUGAGCCAAGGCGAGAAACAGAACAUGUCAUCAUCUCACUCCUUCAGCCGUCCCAGCCCUGGAGACCUCGGCUCUUGGAAGCGAGAACAGGAUUUUGAUUUGCAAUUGCUUGAGAGAGCCAUGCAAGGAGGGGAGAAAGAUGAGGAUGGCUGGCUGAAAGUACAGGCUACUCCCGUGACCGAAAUGGACCUAGAACCUCAAGACUAUGACAUAGACAUCAACAGAGAGCUAUCCAAGCCAGAUAAGGUGUCCAUCCCUGAACGCUAUGUGGACUUGGAGCCCGAGGAGCCGCUCAGCCUGGAAGAGUUAGAGGCGAGGUUCCGAAAAGCCGAGAAGAUCCGAAACCUUCUCACCCGCUCGAGCAUGCACAACCUCCAGCCUCCAGCCACCCAGGACAAACACCGCUCGGCCGACCUGGACUCUCAGCUUCAGGAACAAGAACGGAUCUUCCACAUCUCCCACACAUUGGCUUCUGAAGCCUCCCAGCGGAGCAAGCAGGUGGCAGCCCAAGCAGUAACUGACCAGUGACCCGGCCCAAGGAGACCCGGAGUUGACUUCGCUGGAAAAGAUCAUGUCCCUCCCUGAAAGGAAAUUCCAAGAGGCCAGGGAGAGGUUUUCUGAAGGGGGGUGGGUGGGAAAGGGACACCCCAUCCUCCCGACCAUCCUGUGAAGCAGUCCUGUAGGCUAGUUCCCGGCACACACACCCCACUUCUGUUUUAGUUCUGACUUUUAUAUAUGUAUAAAAAGGCACUUUUAAUACAUGUUGUACAAUACUGACACUGUAUUUUAGAAACGAUAUAUUUUUAAACAAUCUCAAGGGCUGAGUGGAUGGAAAGGUAUUUCUAGCGGUGUGGCAGGGUUGGGGGGCCACACACAGGUUCGGGUACCUAUGGGGGGUUGGGUUGGGGGAGAGGACAGAGACGAGGAGAUUGAAUCACAGAUGACGCGGAGGCUUGAAAAGCACGUUUUGCUCGAGAUGAACCUAGGUGAGAGCUUGGCUCGAGCAUAGCUUUCCAGGAGCUCCAGCCAAGACCCCAAGAGGAUUCUGCUGGGGGAAGAAACUCGUGAUUCCUCCCGAUUUCUCCCAAGUAUUCACAUCCUGCCUUGAAUGUCAUCCAUGCUUAGCAGCAGCCCCAGACGCCAGCUGCCCUUUGCUCAGGGGCUGGACUCUGACCAGCUGGGCACCUUUUGGCAGCGUACACACUUGUAGUGGAUGUACCUUUAGAAAGGAAUUGGACCUUCUCCCAGAAUUUUUUUUUUAAAUCACUUUUAAGAGAUGAAUGAAUAAAACUUGGAAAUACCAAAUGGAGAGACAGAGAAGCAAUUCACAGUAAGCAAUAAAUGAACCCAGGGGGACACUUGACCGAUGCAUCUUGAUCUUCUCUUCGAUUGUCUUCGAAAGCAAGACGUAGCUUGUUGGAAUGCCAAGUGGGUCCAGAAGGACCUUGGAUGUCCCGCUGGUGUCCCUGUGGUUCCUCCACUCUGAGGGCUCCUUCACGAGCCUCUCCUUGUUGGGUGGUUGUCUUGGGCCAGUUGCUGGAUUCCCACGAACCAUGUCGGUAUAUCAUAGACGGAAAGCAUUUUCCCACAGAAACUUGGUUUCCUGCAGAAAUGAAAGUCAUGGUGGCACGACAAGACUUUGCAUUAAGCAGCCAGCCUGGAAGAAGGAGAAUUUUUCAAGACUAUUAACCUGUGUUCCAGUUGUGUUUUCCUACAUUGAAAAAAAAUGGUUAAAAAAAAAAUCUAGUGAGUGGAACUACAUGUUGCUGAUUAAUAUAAAAAUUCCUAUUGUUUUUUGACUCUUCAGAAAAAAAAAUUAUUCUUGAAUCUACUUAGAAGACAGUCUAUUUUUAACUCACUCCAGUUACUGCCAGUGUCAACUUCAUAACACUUGCCAAAAUGAAAUGGUUUUAUUUUUGCUUUUAUAAAAAAUUUUGUUGGAAAAAAAAGGAAAUGAAUAUUUUGCAAGAAAAAAGUUAAUUUAAAUAAAAGUGUAAUGGUUUGGGAAAAAAAGUGUAUGUACAGAUUAAAAUAUUAACCAGA